AUGUCAGAUUAUAUCCCUCACCAUCUGCUCGACGAUUUGCUUGUGAGGCUCCCAAUCGAUUCUCUGAUUCGAGCAAGGUGUGUUUCCAAAUCAUGGCGCGAUUUGAUCGACACUCCAUCCUUCACCCAAUUGCACCUCCAAAAAUCCAAUCUUGGCACCAAAAACAGCAGAAUCAUAGCUUUGAAGGGGACGACGAUUUACACCUUUGAUUGGGUCCGGGAACAGGGUGGCGACGGCGACGGCAACUACAAGGCGGUCAAUGUCAAGAAGCUCCGAGACCUCCCUUUUGAUAAUCAGGUGGGUCGGGUUGAAAUCGCGGGAACGGCCACGGAUGAACUUGUUUUGUGGAAUCCACGGAUUAACAAGCUCUCCCUGUUGCCGCCGCCUUUACCCGUUGAUUCUGAUGGGGAUGAAAGAUGUUGGACGGAAGUGGCAUUCGGGUAUGAUCACAUAAACGAUGACUACAAAGUGGUUAAAUGGCAUAAGCUAGGAAAUUCGAUUUCUUCUCUGUUUGAUGAAUCAAGCUGCGAUGGAUAUGAGAUGCUUGUUUAUAGUUUAAAGCUAAAUUCAUGGAGGAGAAUUACGGAUGCCAUACCAUUUGAGCUGCCAAAGACUCAUGAUUGCGUUUUUGCUAAUGGUGCAUUACAUUGGCUUGUGCAUAAACAGAUGAAUCCUGAUUAA